AUGGAAUAUUCAUGCAUUGAAUUAAAUAAUUUACCUGAUGAAAUCCUUAUGAUUAUUUUUCAAAAAUUGACCAAUAUUGACGUACUUUAUUCUUUCCAUGAUGUCAAUCAGCGACUAAAUGAAAUAAUUCAUGAUCGAAUUUUUACAAGUCAUUUAACUUUUGUCAAAUGGUCAUUAGAUAAUUUUAUCGAUCUAUUUUCUUCUGAUAUAAUGCUUAAUCGAUUUUGUUUACAAAUUUUACCUUCGAUUCAUGAUAAAAUUCAAUGGCUUGAUCUUGAUUUAUCAUCUAUAAAACAUGUUUUACGUGUUGCCAAUUAUCCUAACUUAGAUAGUCUUGGUCUUUAUAAUAUUGAUGAAGAGUCAGCUCAAUGUCUUUUUAAUGUGGCAAACGCAUGUGAUAAAAUCUUCACUGUUUUCACUCGUCUGACUACUUUUGUAUUAUAUGAAUCAUCGUAUAAAAAUCGUGUUCGAUUAAUUUUUGAUAAUCCAUUUUUUCCUAAUGUUCGUUCUUCAACUCUUUUGAAAUUAAUUAUCAACGUACAUUCUUUUGAUGAUUGUCUUUAUCUUCUCGAUGGUCGUUUUGAUCAACUUCACACGCUUCAUGUCGAUUUGGCUAAUACUUGGUGUCCAGAUGAAAUUAUAAAUCAAGGUGAUUUACCAAAUCUAAAGUGUUUUUCUCUUUCCUGUGAACUCGCAACAUAUCAUUAUAAUGAAGCCAUUCUUCCACUUCUCUAUCGAAUGUCAAAUCUAGAAGAACUCGGUUUAUAUCUUACGGUGUAUGUUGAUGAAACAUUUAUUGAUGGAAAUCAUCUCAAGACAAAAGUUAUUAAACAAAUGCCACGAUUAAAUCAAUUUACAUUUUUUAUUAGAUCAUUCAUCGAUAUUUUUAAUGAAAUGAGUUUUCCAUCAACAGAAGAUAUUCAACAAACAUUCAUUGACUUUCCAUUUAAUAAAAUAAUUUCUUAUGUUGAUUAUUUUGCAGAUAGAAAACAAAGUCAAUGUUAUAUUUAUUCAUAUCCAUUUCUAAUGCGAUAUUAUACCGGCAUUACAAAUAAUUUUCCAGAUGGAUUAUUUGAACAUGUUCGUGUGGUGUCAUUAUUUGAUGAACAACCUUUUGAACAUGAAUUUUUUCUUCGAAUUCAGAAAUCAUUUCCAUUUAUAGAAGAAUUAUCUUUAGUUAAUUAUAAACCACAAAACCGAAAACAAUCUUAUGAAUCAAACAGUAAUAAUCAAACUUUAUCGCUUAUUGAAUAUUUAUUUCUUACGAAACUUUAUAUUAGCGAUGUUCAUGAUGAUUAUAUAGAACAAUUUCUUUUUCAUACUAAAACAUAUUUGCAAAAUAAUAUUAUUGUUUAUGUUGCUUAUGAAUCUUUACAACGAGUAACACACAAUUUUACAAGAGAUUCUACUCGAACUAAUUGUGCCAAAAUAAGUAAAUUACAUUUUUGGGGUCAAGAAAAACCUUCCAAUUCUUUAGAAGAAUAUUUUCCUUAUGCAAAAAUAUGUUAUGGAUUAUAUUGA